CAUCUGUGUUUACAAGACCCCGCACUCGAAAAGAUCUCCUUGUCGACCUUCGUGGCCAUCCCCCGACCCGUCUUCCCUGCCUCCCUCCUCCCUUGGCAGCACACCCGGCGCCCGGCGAUACACACCGUCCCUUGAUCACUCAAGCCGAAGGCAUCCUUUUAUUCCACUGUCCGGCUUUCAGAUCAGAUCCUUUCAUCCCUGGUCAGUCAGGCGACGUGGCCGCAUUUCGUGCUCCUCGCUGACAUCUUGUUUCCUCCUUCUCUUUCAAUCAUGCGCUUCUCCCCGUCUACCUGCGACAUAUCCCCGCUCGCGUCCCUCACGACCACUCCGGCUUGACAACUGAUUCUCCGUCGCCUUUUUCGCCAUGUCUGGACUAUUGGACGAUGUUUUCGGCGGCGCCGAUUCUGGAUCUGAUUCUGAUACUAUUGUCGAUCCCAAUACAGAUUCUACAGCUACUGCCAUCGACGACGCGGGCGCUUUAGAUACUACCAUGGCCGAACGCACAUCCACCACCGGCACCUCUUCGACGAGGAGCGGGACAUCCGCUGCCGUGUCGACCAGUACUGCAAGGACCAGCACCGCGAGGACAAGCACCGCCUCAUCCUCUGCUACAUCCGGUCGCGCAACGUCUUCUGUAUCAAGCGGCCGAGUCUCGUCGAGCACUUCCUCUUCUGCUGCGCGUUCUUCUGCUGUGACUUCCUCUCGAAGCUCGAGUGCGGUCUCCUCCUCCGCUACCAGCUCGCGAACCAGCUCGUCCAGCUCGUCUCGUACCUCUUCUGCGCGAACUUCUACCACUUCUUCUCGAACUUCGAGCACCAGAAGCAGGCAUACUUCUACCUCUUCUUCCGAAACCGAUUCGGCCACUUCGACAGACGCCUCCAGCACUCUGGCAACCACUUCAAGCAGUUCUGCGACCUCCAGCGCGACUGCCGGGCUCGGUAACGCCAACUCCGGUAGCAGUUCCAGCGGCUCCAGCCUCAGCACCGGGGCCAUUGUUGGUAUUGUCAUUGGAUGUGUGGUCGGUGUUGCUUUGCUGUUCCUUUUGGCCACUCGAUUCGUGAGGCAGAAGCGAAGGAAUGACAGGAUGAAGAGGAGGAGCUCGAUGUUUGACUGGCCUGCCGGUGCCGAAGCUCCUGCUGAGAGCUACGAGAAACCCCAACAGCAGUACGACCCUCCCUCCGAAUCUUUCGCCAUGUCCGAAGCGAACGCUCAAAACCCCCAAUCCGUCUCUUACCCCACCACCGACACCUAUGCCGCCGUCCCCGCCGAAUCCUCCACUCCCUUGUCUUACAUGGAGCGACACAACCCCCAGACGAGCUACAGCAACAGCUACCGAAAUUCGUUCCAGGCCGUCCCUGGGUUGGCGCCGAGUUACCCGCCUGGUACGCAGAUGCAGCCCGGACAGGUUUAUCCUCAUCAAGGCGCAGGGUCUGGGUAUGGGGCUGCUGCUGCGGGUGCUGGGGCGGCGGGUGUAGCUGGUGUGGGGGCUGCUGCCGCCCACGGGUCUCCUUCUGGUGCACCCGCUGCCGGCGCGCCUGCGAGGAACGUUGCGCCCAACUCUUGGGUCGCCGUCAAAGUUGGCUUUGUCCGUUCUCUCGACGAUGAGCUCGCUAUCACGCCCGGCCAGAAACUUUUCCUGCACGACAUCUACGACGACGACUGGACGCUCUGUGAGGACGAACAGCACAAUAAGGGUGCUGUACCCGUUUCUUGUCUCGGACCUCUUGCUGGCGGCGGUGCUGCGCCAAGCGGACAGGCCUUGCAGAGGACAGCGAGUCAUCAGAGCACUCGCAGGGAGAGUCUCGCGCCUGCCGCUCAGCCAUAAGGUAUCCUGGUGAUAUGAUACUGUCUCCAUUUUCUACUGGACUCUUUCGAAUACAAGGUGUUCUUAUUCAUAAUCUUCUCAUUGACGGAUUUUUUAUUUUGUAGAAGGACAUUCAAAAGGUAGAGUACUCUAUCCUCGUACUUCUCUAACUCCAUAUGUUAUCGGUGGUUUGUUAUUUCAGGCUGUUGGCAGAUAUCAUAUCUCUUUAUCUAUUAGUCUGUUGGAUGUAUUGGUACGAGGAGGCGGACAA